AUGUCUCACAAACAAAGCGACACUCUUGAGCUUUGGAGCGAGUUAAGGGAAAGAAACACAGUGACUGUGGUUUUUGAAACCUUCCUAUUUACCUUGGCGAUGAUUCUUUCUUUAUUUGGGAAUCUCAUGGUCUGCUAUGCCGUACGCAGAAACCCAGGACUUUGUCGGCGUCCAAGCAACUACUACAUCAUUUCUUUGGCCCUGACUGAUAUUUCGCUUGCUUUAUCUACAAUGCCGUGGUCAGUUAUCCUGCUGGCUACUGGAAAAUGGCCUUUUGGAACGUUUCUCACAUAUUUCGCAACCAUUUCCAAGUUAUCACUAACCAACAUCUCAGCAUGGACCAUGUUAUUGAUGGCUUUGAACAGGUACUACAAAAUUGUAAAGCCAACGAAAUACCAAUCUGUUUUCACAAAGAAGUUCAUUGUUUCUUCAGCCUUAGCGGUGUGGGCUACAUUCAUUGUUGUCUCUCUUCUCUUUAUUGUCACGUCUCGUUUUUCCAACCAUGUGUGCCCGGCUUUUGCACUGCCUUUGACAACUUAUGAAAUGCCAAUUUCUCUACCAACUUUGAUAUUUAUUACGUUUUUGCCUUAUCCUCUCUUUAUUUUCUGGUAUUGGAAAGUUUACCGGGCCGUCAAAAUGCACAACGCAAAUAUUUCAUGGCAGAAUGCAAAUGUAGAGGAUGUUCGAGUCGCGAAAAUCCUGUUUAUUACCGUCGUCGGUUUUGUCAGCCUCUGGUUGCCGGCUCAAAUCAUCUACCUGGUCUCCUAUCAUAGGAGGCUACCACGUCAGCUCACAUUUCUCGCGACUCUUUUUAUUUUCUCGUCUAGUUUCAUAAAUCCUUUCAUCUAUGGUUUUAUGAACCGUUCAUUCAGAAAUGAAUUCAAAAAGUGCUUGAUCCUGAAAACGAAGCAGUCAGUGGACAUGGAACUCAGUCACAGAAAACCCGGUCCAGUGUAA